AACAAGAGCCUCGAAGCAAGAGAGCAUGGAAGGUGAAGAGAGAGGGUACUGGAGAUGGAGCAAAAGAGAUUUCUUUCCUGAGGAAUCUUUCCAGAGCUUUGGAAGUUACAGAGCUGCUUUGUCUCAGACAUGUUCCAGGUUCAAGAACAGGUUGGUUAGUAGGUCUGAUGAUGAGAACGAGCGGUUCGAGCUCAAGAAACAGAGCGAGCACGAGAUGAAGCGGUGUUUGACGUGGUGGGAUUUAGUCUGGUUCGGAUUCGGGUCAGUGAUUGGAGCUGGAAUCUUUGUCUUGACAGGUCAAGAAGCUCAUGAACAAGCAGGACCGGCUAUUGUCUUGUCUUAUGUUGUUUCAGGUCUUUCUGCUAUGCUCUCUGUCUUCUGCUACACGGAAUUCGCUGUGGAAAUCCCCGUGGCUGGUGGUUCCUUCGCCUAUUUACGGAUUGAACUUGGGGAUUUCGCGGCGUUCAUUACUGCAGGGAAUAUACUUCUUGAGAGUAUAGUUGGGACUGCAGCUGUUGCUAGAGCCUGGACUUCAUAUUUUGCAACUCUUCUGAAUCGUAGCCCGAACGCUCUACGCAUCAAAACAGAUCUCAGUUCUGGUUUUAAUCUCUUGGAUCCAAUAGCUGUUGUGGUUAUAGCCGCUUCAACUACAAUCGCAUCGAUCAGCACCCGAAAGACUUCAUUGCUCAACUGGAUAGCUUCUGCUAUCAACACUUUAGUGAUAUUUUUUGUGAUAAUUGCAGGUUUUAUCCACGCCGACACAUCAAAUUUGACUCCAUUCUUGCCUUAUGGACCUGAGGGAGUGUUCCGAGCAGCUGCAGUUGUGUACUUUGCAUAUGGAGGAUUUGACAGCAUAGCAACAAUGGCUGAAGAAACCAAGAAUCCAUCGAGAGACAUACCAAUUGGGUUACUCGGUUCAAUGUCGAUAAUAACAGUGAUAUACUGCUUGAUGGCAUUGUCCUUGAGUAUGAUGCAGAAGUACACAGAUAUAGAUCCAAACGCAGCUUACUCGGUAGCGUUUCAGAGUGUUGGAAUGAAAUGGGGAAAGUACCUCGUGGCGCUUGGUGCUCUCAAAGGAAUGACAACAGUUCUUUUAGUAGGAGCAUUGGGACAAGCGCGAUAUGUAACUCACAUUGCACGGACCCACAUGAUUCCGCCUAUAUUUGCCCUUGUCCAUCCCAAAACCGGAACACCGAUAAACGCUAACCUCCUAGUAUCAAUUCCAAGUGCUCUCAUCGCUUUCUUUUCGGGUUUAGAUGUUUUGGCAAGCCUCUUAUCGAUAAGUACUCUCUUCAUCUUCACAAUGAUGCCUAUCGCACUACUCGUGAGGAGAUACUACGUGAGACAAGUUACUCCAAGAGUUCAUCUCAUUAAGCUCAUCAUUUGUCUCUUAUUCGUUGUUGCUUCUUCAAUGGGGACUUCGGCUUACUGGGGAAUGCAGCUCAAGGGAUCAUGGAUCGGAUACACAGUAACCGUUCCUUUCUGGUUCUUGGGAACUUUGGGGAUUGUAUUAUUUGUUCCUCAGCAAAGAACACCGAACGUGUGGGGCGUACCGUUAGUACCGUGGAUCCCAUGCUUAUCAAUCGCAACAAACAUCUUUCUGAUGGGAUCUUUGGGAGCUAUGGCUUUUGUAAGGUUUGGGGUUUGCACUUUAGCCAUGUUACUAUACUAUUUCCUGCUUGGUCUUCAUGCAACAUUCGACAUGGCUCAUCAGCAAAUUGUGCCAAGAUCUUAAUAACUAUGAAAGCAGUGAAGAAAUGUAACCUCUCAAAAGGUCUCUUCCUUCCAGUUCCACUCUAGUGUUAUUCUGCUUUCUAGCUUUCUUCAUCAACUGCUUCGUUCUGGAAUCUCUGUAAUCUGCAAAAGUAUAGUUUUUAUCUUCUCUAUGCAUAAAGAAAAGCUUUUCAC